AUGGCAUGGAGCACAUCAGUUGGAGGCUCCAGCAACCAAGACGAGGAUACAAGCUCUCUGCAGACCUCAGCAGACCCCGAGUCUCUGCAUAGCGACCGCAUAGAUGAGAAUGUGACCAAUUUGGUGCAUGCCCUGAUCCUCAGGUAUCGUUUGAGGAAGCCUAUUACAAAGGCAGAGAUGCUACACGUUGUUAACAAAAGGGACAAGAGUCAAUUCUCUGUGAUUUUUAAGAAAGCUUGUAAGUGCUUGGAGGUAAUCUGUGGCAUUGAUGUGAAGGAAGUGAUUCCUGCCACCCACUCCUAUGUCCUUGUCAACUCACUGAAUCUCACCUAUGAUGAGAUGCUUAGUGACCACCAGAGCAUGCCUAGAAACGGCCUCCUGAUCAUCAUCCUGGGUAUGAUCUUCCUAGAAGGCAACUGUGCCCCUGAGGAAGACAUUUGGGAGUUCCUGAAUAUGAUGGGAGUUUAUGCUGGUAGGGAGCACUUCAUUUAUGGGGAGCCUAGGAAUCUCAUCACUAGAACAUGGGUGCAGGAGAAUUACCUGGAGUACCAGCAGGUGCUUAAUAGUGAUCCACCACGCUACCAAUUUAUGUGGGGUCCAAGGGCCCAUGCUGAAACCAGCAAGUUGCAAGUUCUGGAAUUUUUGGCCAAGAUCAAAGGGACUGACCCCAUUUCCUUCUCAUGCUGGUAUGAGGAGGCUUUAAGAGAUGAGCAAGAGAGAGCCCAGGCCAGAAUUGGCCCUGUGGGUCAUGCUGCUGCCAUGUUCAUGGCACAGCCUCUCCUUCCCCAACGGAAGAAUGAGCACGAAUAUUCACUCUGUGUUUGAAAAGGGCAUUCACAUUUCUAAGUAGAGGAGAGUCAGAGGC